AUGGCUGAAGAAGAGGAAAGUGCUGCCCCUACGGAGAAAGCUAUCCGGAUCCAGAGGGUGUUUAUAAACCUGCUGGACUCAUACAGCAGCAGAAACAUCGGAAAGUUUCUUUCUAACUGUGUCGUCGGGGCUUCACUUGAAGAAAUUACGGAGGAGGAAGAAGAGGAUGAUGAAAAUAAAUCAGCGAUGCCAGAAGCCUCCAUGGCCAAACUGAAGGAAGGCACGUUCCAGAUCGUGGGCACACUUUCCAAGCUGGACGUCCCCCGACCCGAGUUUGCCGUGGAGACCUACUGUGGCAUGUCUCAAGAAGACCUUCUCUUGCGCCUGCUGGAAUGUGAUGUUAUCAUUUAUAACAUCACUGAGAGCCCCCAGCAAGCAGAGGAAGCCAUCUGGGCAGUCUCCGUCCUGAACGAAGAAAGCAGCCAUUUCGAAAAGCGGAAGGUGUUUAUUUUGGUCUCCACGGUGAUGACCUGGGCGCGGUCCAAACCCCUGGACCCGGAUGACUCUGAGGUCCCAUUUACUGAAGAGGAUUAUCGAAGGAGAAAGCAACAUCCUAAUUUUCUGGACCACAUAAAUGCUGAAAAAAUGGUUCUCAAAUUUGGGAAAAACGUCAGAAAAUUCGCCACUUACGUAGUUGCUGCUGGACUUCAGUAUGGAAUGGAAGGAGGCAUCUUGCAUGCUUUUUUUAAGCUAGCUUGGUUGGGUGAAGUCCCUGCAUUACCAGUGUUUGGAGAUGGAACAAAUGUCAUUCCAGCCAUUCACGUUCUUGAUCUAGCAGGAGUGAUACAGAACAUCAUAGACCACGUGCCGAAGCUCCGCUACCUGGUGGCUGUGGACGAGUCAGUUCACACCCUGGAAGACUUUGUCAAGUGCAUCAGUAGAAGUACUGGCCCUGGGAAAAUCCAGAAAGUACCCAAGGAAAAUGCUUUCCUAACCAAGGACUUAACACAAGAGAAUAUUGACCACUUACUGGUCAAUUUGAGGAUGGAAGCACUCUUUGUGAAGGAGAAUUUUAACAUUCGAUGGUUCGCCCAAGCAGGAUUUGUGGAAAAUAUCAACAGCAUCCUCAAAGAGUACAAGCAAAGCAGAAGAUUAUUGCCGAUCAAGAUUUGCAUUCUCGGUCCUCCUGCUGUGGGAAAAUCCAGCAUCGCUGAAGUUUUAGCCAAAUACUAUAAACUGCACCACAUUAAAAUGAAGGAUGUCAUCUCUGAAGCCAUAGCGAAACUGGAGGCAAUCAUUACACCUAAGGAUGUAACAGAAGGAGAAGAAGAAGGUGAAGAGGAGGAAGAGGAGGAUAAUGUGGAGGACGCGCAGGAGCUCUUGGAGGGCAUCAAGGAGAGCAUGGACCAGAACGCAGGUCGCCUGGAAGAUCAAUAUAUUAUCAGAUUUAUGAAAGAAAAGCUAAAAUCCAUGCCUUGCAGGAAUCAAGGUUACAUUUUGGAUGGAUUCCCAAAGACCUAUGAUCAGGCCAAAGAUCUGUUCAGCCAAGAAGAUGAGGAGGAGGAGGAAGAAGUCAGAGGCAAAAUGUUUCCCUAUGAUAAAUUAAUCAUACCUGAGUUCGUGUGUUCGCUGGAUGCAUCGGAUGAGUUCCUCAAGGAGCGGGUGAUGAACCUCCCCGAGAGCAUCGUGACAGGGACCCACUACAGCCAGGACCGGUUCCUCCGGGCUCUGAGCAACUACCGGGACGUCAACACCGAAGACGAGACUGUCCUCAACUACUUCGACGAACUUGAAAUCCACCCAAUCCAUAUAGAUGUAGGAAGACUUGAAGACGCUCAGAACAGACUUGCCAUCAAACAGCUCAUCAAGGAGGUCGGGGAGCCUCGCAAUUAUGGUUUAACGGACGAAGAAAAGGCGGAAGAGGAGCGGAAGGCUGCUGAGGAACGGCUGGCCAGGGAGGCCCUGGAGGAGGCAGAGAGAGAGCACAAGGAGGCAGUGGAGAUGGCCGAGAAGGUCGCCCGCUGGGAGGAAUGGAAUAAACGACUAGAGGAAGUGAAAAGAGAAGAAAGAGAAUUACUGGAGGCCCAGUCUAUUCCCUUGAGAAACUAUUUAAUGACCUAUGUUAUGCCAACACUUAUGCAGGGUCUGAAUGAGUGUUGUAAGGUCAGACCUGAUGAUCCUGUUGAUUUUCUGGCAGAAUAUCUUUUCAAGAAUAAUCCUGAAAUGCAGUAA